AUGGCCGCACCAAGCCCCGGGCCUCGCGAGGUCCUGGCCCCCUCCCCAGAGGCUGGACGCAGAGCAGCCACAUCAAGCUCCAGCCGGCGUGGCAUCCUCUGGCGCCUUCGAGACAAGCAAUCACGCCUGGGUCUGUUUGAGAUCAGCCCAGGGCAUGAGCUGCAUGGGUUGACAUGUAUGAUGCAAGCAGGGCUCUGGGCAGCCACCCAGGUCUCUGUAGACCACCCACUCAUGGGGCUGCCUUCCCAGGAGGAUUUUUCUGAGGUCCUGACCCAGGUUCAUGAGGGCUUCGAGCUGGGCACCCUCGCUGGCCCAGCCUUUGCCCGGCUGCGGCGCUCCCUGGGUCUAGCCGAAGAGGACUAUCAGGCUGCGCUGGGCCCCGGCGGCCCCUACCUGCAGUUUCUCAGCACCUCUAAGAGCAAGGCCAGCUUCUUCCUGUCCCACGACCAGCGCUUCUUUCUGAAGACCCAGCGGCGCCGGGAGGUGAGGGUGCUGCUCGCCCAUCUGCCCCGCUACGUGCAGCACCUACAGCGGCACCCGCAUUCGCUGCUAGCCCGGUUGCUGGGAGUCCACAGCCUGAGGGUGGCCCAGGGAAAGAAGAAAUACUUCAUCAUCAUGCAGAGCGUCUUCUACCCCGCCGGCCGCAUCUCCGAGAGGUAUGAUAUCAAGGGCUGCGAGGUGAGCCGCUGGGUGGAGCCGGGCCCUGAGGGCAGUCCCCUUGUCCUAGUGCUGAAGGACCUCAACUUUCAGGGCAAGACCAUCAACCUGGGGCCCCAACGGAGCUGGCUUCUCCGCCAGAUGGAACUGGACACCACCUUCCUCCGGGAGCUCAACGUGCUGGAUUACAGCCUGCUGAUGGCCCUCCAUUGUCUCCAUGAGGACGAGAGGGGCCAGGGCAGCUGCCUCAUCUUCCGCAUGGCCAGGUCUGUGCAAGGGGCGCAGGGCCCGGAGGAGCCGGAGGCGCAGAACCGCCGGCUGCUGCCAGACGCCCCCAACGCCCUCCACAUCCUGGACGGCCCCGAGCAGCGCUACUUCCUGGGCCUAGUGGAUCUGGCCACCGUCUACGGGCUUCGCAAGCGGCUGGAGCACCUGUGGAAGACGCUGCGCUACCCGGGCCGGACCUUCUCCACCGUCAGCCCGGCUCGCUACGCCCGUCGCCUCUGCCAGUGGGUAGAGGAGCACACCGAGUGACCAGCCCCUGGCCU